CCUGGACCCGGCGACCAGGACUCUGGGGGUAGAAGCCAGGAGCAGCUUCUUUGGAGACGGAGAGUCACGUGAGACCUUCCGGUACUGUGGGUGGAGACCAACAGCUGCGGUUAAGGAAGGCCGGGUUUAACCGUCUCCGUGAAAUGCGUUCCGAGGAGACCGUGGAGUGGACGGAGAGAGUGAAUUCCUAAGAAAAUAAUGGAUUGCAUAUUAGUUGGUCUGUAAGUGAUUGGACUCAUCAGUGUGCCAGUUUGUUUCAAAGGCCAAAAGAAGAUGGCAACUCCUUAUGUCCCAGUUCCUAUGCCCAUAGGGAGCUCUGCCUCCAGUUUUACAACCAACAGAAACCGAAGAAGUUCUUCUUUUGGGAGUGUAUCAACAAACUCAAACUCUUCCAAAGACCAUUUAGAAGACUCAAAUAUGGAUAAUUUUAAACAGACAAGUGUACCUGAUCAAAUGGAUAGUACCUCUUCUGACUGUAACAGUCCCCUCAUUAGGACUAAAUUCACAGGUGCAGAUUCUUCCAUUGAAUAUUCUUCUAGACCAAGAGAAAGUGAAGAACAAAAUCCUGAAACAGUGUAUUUGGAAGAUAGACCUUCAACACCUACUAUACUGGGUUAUGAGGUGAUGGAAGAAAGAGCUAAGUUUACUGUAUAUAAAAUACUAGUAAAGAAAACCCCAGAAGAAAGCUGGGUUGUGUUCAGAAGAUAUACUGACUUCUCUAGACUUAAUGAUAAAUUAAAAGAAAUGUUUCCAGGCUUUCGAUUAGCACUUCCACCAAAACGCUGGUUCAAAGAUAAUUACAAUGCUGACUUUUUAGAAGAUAGACAAUUAGGAUUACAAGCAUUUCUUCAGAAUUUAGUAGCUCACAAGGACAUUGCUAACUGCCUUGCAGUAAGAGAAUUUCUUUGUCUGGAUGAUCCACCAGGUCCAUUUGAUAGCCUAGAGGAAAGCAGGGCCUUCUGUGAAACUUUAGAAGAAACAAACUACCGUUUUCAAAAAGAACUACUUGAAAAACAAAAAGAGGUAGAAUCACUGAAGAAAUUGCUUAAUGAGAAGCAACUUCAUAUAGACACCCUUGAGGACAGAAUCAGAACAUUGUCUUUAGAACCUGAAAAAUCAGUACAUGUGUCAGUAACAGAAGAAGGUGGACAGUUCCUAAAGGUGGAGUCCUCUGCACUUGAGGUUGAUCAAGAUGUCUUAGAUGAAGAAACUAGAGCUGAUAAUCAGCCAUGCUUUAGUUUUAGUGAACCUGAACAUUCUGUCAGACAUAGAAGUAGCAGAAGUGGCAUGUAAUGCUGAAGAAGACUAAUACAUCACAAGCAGUUCCUUCCAUUUUUAUGUUUCAGCAAAUUUAGAUGAAUGGCAAAUUAAAAAACAAAAAAGAAUGAAGCAUUUACAAAAAAGAGCAAGACUGCACAUGUAUAAAGUUUACAUAGUUCCUUUUAGUUAUUGGGAAGGAAAUAUAUUCAGUGCUGCUUUGCAUUAUCUUUUAUCCAAACUUUGUAUUUAAUACACUAAAACAAAUCUAGAGUUCUGUUAGCAAAACCCACAUUUGUAAAUACUGGGCAUAAAUUAUUUUGGUGUUUUGCCAAUAUAUUCUUCCAAACUGAUAGUGUGUGCAUGCACUCUGGAUGUGUGUGGUUCGUGUUUAAAUCACCAGUAAAUGGACAUUAAUUGCAUGGUUCUAUCGGGUUGGUAUAUACUUCUGUGUAUCUGUCACAGUAUAUUUUCAUUUAUGGUUUAAAUCACUGGUAAAGAUGUACUGAGUUUUAAAUAUUGACGUGUUUACCAUCUCUAAAUAAAAAUUGCCCCUUUAGAAUGUUGCUGCUAUUUAAAAGAAGAAGAAAACUUUGUAAUACCAAAGAAAAAAUGGAAGAGCUACAAUAACAUAACUAAAGUGGUAAAAAUAGCUUUGAUUUUAAAAGCUAAUUCAUUCAUAUAAAAAUACUAUAAUAAGUGUCCCAGUUUAUUUUAUUACACUUGUCUAUUUUCUACAUAAUCUUUAUCUUAAAUCUCUACCUGUAGAAUCAGUGAGUUUGCCUCCUUCAGAAUACUACCUCUUUUUGCUAAUCAAGGCAUACUCUUCUGAAAAUAUAGAUUGUAAGCAAAUAGAGAGUUAUAUAAAAAAUAAAAAGCCAUAUAUACUAUAAAUAUAAGUAGCCCUAACUAUAUUAACUGCCGGCAUUGCAUUUGUAUUUCCAUAUAUGUGAAUAUGUUGCUAUAAGGUAUUAAGACUGAUUUUCUUUUUAAUAUAUUUACCCAGGUGAUGCACUUUAUAAUAAUUAAACUAUUUUGUGCCAAGUUUAAUGGGUGAAUUUCUUUAGGAAGAAAAGUUAGGAAAAAGAAUUAUGUAGUGCCUUCACUGUUUCACUUUUUACAAAAGUCUCAAAAGGUCUGUCUGUGAGUUUUAUGGAAAAAUGUUUAUUUCAGCUUUGCUUAUAAGUGCCUUGUUUCAUUUUUAUAGUAUGAAGUAGCUCAUUUAUUUUCUGUUUCUGCUGUUUUGCAUUUUGCUGUUAAUAAAGCAUUGUAAUCUUGCUAG